CCCCGGGGAAAGGGGAGCGCUCGGAUAAUGAAAAGCGACGGAUCGCAAAAAAAAAAUGCGAUCAAAAAGUAAUGGCUACCAGGAGUGGGGUUCGAACCCACGAAGACAUACGUCCAUUGGAUCUUAAGUCCAACGCCUUAACCACUCGGCCAUCCUGGUCUACAGUGCUCGCUCCCGCACGAUGGGAUAAAUAAGCAGGGACCGGAUCCACAAGUAAGAACAACAACAAUACGGGCAUCGAGAGGAGUGCAAAGCUAAACAAAAGGAGAUCAUGGAUCCUCUGCCGCAUUACUGUUACACCUACAACUUGAGGAAUUUGAUGCGCUUUCCUCUCAAUGAGGAGCCGCAGAAAAGAAGCUUGAACCACGAUCACGUCACAAGUUGCUUGAAAUGUUCGCGCCAUUACCCAUCGGCUUCGACCGAGGACUCCCGUCGACACUUGCCGCAUAGGCCGCGGAGCGUUCGGGCCCCGUCAACGGAACCUGCGACGGCCGCGAGUUCAGCGGCCCCGGGCAGCGCAUCGCAACCUGACAAAAUGGUGCCCAUGAACACGAGUACGUUAACUGAUCUGAUGAAAUCGGUUAUUAACAAGACAGUUGAGCUGAGCUGCGCGGCGGCGGCGGAGGGUAACCGGCCAGGAUAUGGUGUCUUCCGGGGGGUUCCAAUGAACCCGCUAGCUCUGCAGACACACCCUUAUCCACACAAGCAUCCAAUGGCUGGCUUUGUUUGGCAAAUUCCUCCGCAGAUGCAAUGUAACACUCCAACACUGUGGCAGCAGCCCCCGAUGUAUUACCCACGGCAGGGUUUGCCUCCCUGCGUUCCUGGGCAGAGCAGUACUUGGACGGCACUGGGUAACAGUUAUCCACCGGGUUACUCUUCAAAAUCCGCCUUCUCACCUGUAUCGACAUCAUCAUCAUCAUCGCACCUUCAAGAUCAUAGUGUUCAGCACCAACAUCCACCUGGUGUUUUUCCUUUUGGGCCCCCGCCACUUUAUCCUGCCCCCCCCCCAGUGCCCACAUCUUCAACAGUAAUGCCAAAGCCAGAAAUUCCAACAGCUGUGAAUGUGCAACCCACCGCCACGACUGCACCAAUGCACAUUCCCAUGUCGAUGCCACAAAGCCAUUCCGUAACCCCACAGAUGGUGAACAGAGGUGACUCUGCACUGCCACUGUAUGCUGGUUAUGUAGGUGCAAGUGUAGGUUUGGAUGUCACUUUGCCAGCCUUGCUUAGCACCAUACAGGAAGGCAUGGAUCCCAGACGGAAAGUUGUCAAGUUCAUCGCGGCUAAACAGAAGGAAGAGCAUGGCGCGUGCACAAGCCAUAGGAAUGAUUCGCUGGCACAAAAGUCCCGUGAUGAAAAAGCACCCAAUCAGACCACAAAUGUAACAGAAUGCCGAGUGGCCCAAGCUCAUUCGAGCACAACCUUGCAUGCAACCAAUAGCUCGUUGGGAGAGCACAACAAAGAACCCACUAAGUUCAGAAAGAAGCAUUUGGUAGCACUGUGGGAUAUGGAGCUUAAAUCUGCCGAGCCACAAGGGAGUUUGAUAAUUGAUAGCAGUUGUGAAGACUUGUCAGGUCAAGGUGGACACAAGUCAAUAUAUUUAGGCAAGCAAAUGAUGAAAAUGAAUUUCUGCAGCAGCGUUCAAUCAGAAACUGCAGAUUCACAAGGCGGAAAGGAAUCCCCUUUGGCUUGCUUGCCUGAAGCAGUACUUGGUCAGAGAUUAGAGGACAAUGCUGCAACUGCUGCUGAACCUUUGGUUGCAAUGAAGAUUACUGAAGGUGAACAAGUCGAGGCAAUUGCAGCAACUCCAGAGGCCAAAUAUGUAGCUGCAGGAAAUUCUGAAAUUGGAUCAAACCAGAGUGCAAUGCAAGUGGCAGAGUCUCGUUUCACGCAAAAUCUGGAGGAACAAGAAGCAGCCACAAGUGAGCAACAUAAUGCAGCGAGUGUUGUUUUUAAGAUUCGUGAUGUAUAUUCGGUGACGAAAAGUGAAUUUGAUACAUUGUAUAAAACUAACAUUGGCAACGAUUAUUCGAAGACAGAAAAUGAAAGCUCUAGUGCAGCAACUGAAACCAUUGGAAAUAGAGAUGCUAGAACCACAAUUGUGAAUACAGAUGGUGUAGAACAUCCGUUUUCAUCCGGAAGUGACAUGUGCAAAGCUCAGACAGAUGAUCACGAGAUGCAAUUGUCAUCUGGAAGUGAAAUAACAAAUUCUGUGUUUACGGAAAUGUUUCUGAAAGGACGAUCUCGGAAGACCAAACACUCGGGUGAAAGUGGCAUCAACACUGGGGAUGACGAAAACUGUUCCGAGAGUAAAAUCCCCAGAACAAAAAUGAAAGGGAAUGAAAAACACUUCGGUACAAAUCGCCCAAAGGAAGAAGUAAUUGAUGACUUUGACAUAAUUUUGAAAAUCGUAAAGCAAGAAGAUGCAGACGCAACCGAUGGGGGCGAGCCUCGCGUUGGCUCGCCUCUCCGCUGUUGUGAAAUCGAUGUCGAAAGCAGAAAUACCUUGGCGAGUCUGUUGAAGGUGAAGCACAUUGGGCAACUGGAGGCGACUCGAGGCGAUGCCAAUUGUGCGAUUGCGCCGUGUGUCGGUGACAGAUGGGGAGCCUUGACGAGGACCCCGCAACCAAAGCGGCCGAUCAGAUUAGAGCGCUCGAGGAAAUCUUGGGUCCAGCCAUUCGGGCUAACAGCGAUAAACCAUUUCCGUGAUUUUAAAAAUCAGGGGCUGGAAUCGCAGGCUAAGGAGUGGGGGAAAGCAAGUCCAGAAGUCAAAGAGGAACCCUCGUUUGCAAUGAGCCCAUCCACCAACUGGUGAGCUGUGGCAGUAUUUUUGACAUGUAAGAGCGAGGCCGAUCGGUGAAUAUCGGCCCGUGAGUUUAAAUGCACUCAAUGCCUGAUGAAUCUCUUCCAAGGCAGGGGGGGAGAUGGUGAUUUGCACUGCUAACCUGGUGUAGCUGCCGGACGAUGUCCUUGUUCUGUAAACAGCAUUUAGCAAAUGUUUGCAGUCUCUUCAAAUGUUUUUACGUGGUAGUUCCAGAACUUUAUCGUUCAAGUGACGUUUGCGUUGGGUUUUGAAGUUCUGGGUCUUUACUAUUUAUAUUUUACCUCUUGAAUCUUUUAGCUCCCGCUUUUCGUCGUCAUUUCUUUGAAAAUGCCCAAAUCGUCUUCUUUUCCUUCAUUGACCCCUGACCUUGCCUGUCGCAGCUCUUCCUGUGUCUGGCUGUCGGCCAACCCAGCAUGGCGCUUUAAUCGUGUUACUCUGCAAUCAAGUUUGACAACGGCAGAAACACUUGUAGGAUGGUUAUAGCUUUUGAUUUGUUUACAGCAAAGACAAUAGGCGAUUACCAUUGUAAUGUCAAGGAUUAGUGAGCAAUAUUAAAGCACUAAUAAUAAUAACCUCGGGCAUUCCCUUACCCAAGUUUUACCGUGUGUUCUUUGCAACUAUUUUGUUGCCAAAGUGAGUGAUUUCGGCCAAAUGCUUUGGUAGAGCGUAUGGCUGCUGCCGAUGAAACGUUCGGUAUAGUUUGCGUUUUAGUGCAGACAUUGUUAUUGCCUGGCAUCUACAUAAGAAAGCCAGUUUGGAUAUUGCUAUGGGAACAGAAAAUACGUUUUAUAUACUGUUCUGUUUUUCAUGUUCCACUUAUAAAAUUAAAACUUGCGUUUUUGUG